CCCUAUCCAGUUCUAGCCCGGUAUCAUUGUGCGACCAAAGUUCUUAAGGUACAUAUCGUCUUAGUCAUUCCAAAGUAAGAGUACAAAAAAUGAGAUCCUUCGUGUGUGUUGCCGCACUGGCUUCCAUGCUGGCCGUGGCCAGUUGUGCCCCUUACGUUAUCUACCUGGAGGAGGCUCCAAUUCGUGUGGUUCGCUCUGCUAACGUUGGAUUCGGUGGAGGUGCUUCCGGAAGUGCGGCCAAUGCCGGUGCUCAAUCAUUCAACCAGGGUGGUGGCUUCCCAGGCUUUGGCGGAGGUUUCGGUGCAUCCGGUUCGGCUGCUAACGCCGGUGCUCAAUCGUUCACUCAGGGUGGUGGCUUCCCAGGAUUCGGAGGUGGUCUUAGCGGAAGUGCCGCCAAUGCCGGAACUCAAUCGUUCACUCAGGGAGGACACGGAGGUGGUUUGGCCGGAAGUGCCGCUAAUGCUGGAACUCAGUCGUUCACCCAGGGAGGACAUGGAGGUGGUCUUUCCGGAAGUGCGGCGAAUGCCGGAUCUCAAUCGUUCACCCAGGGUGGUGGUUUCCCAGGAUUUGGAGGAUUCAGCGGAUCGGCUGCCAACGCUGGAGCUCAGUCGUUCACCCAGGGAGGAGGCUUCGGAGGUCUGAGCGGAAGCGCGGCUAACGCCGGCACUCAGUCGUUCACUGCGGGAGGACACGGAGGUGGUCUGUCUGGCAGCGCUGCUAACGCUGGUGCUCAGUCUUUCACCCAGGGUGGUGGUCACCCAAUCGGAGUUCACUAAACUAAUUGACCUGGAAAAAUUUGCAUUUGCAAAUGGCGAAAGAAACAACAGACUGCUCGGAAAUAAAGACAAAUUACCUCUCGGUACUUAUAACUGGAAUUAAAACCUCUUGUUCUAACUGAUGGUACGACAUUGGUCGACUUGUGAUGAUAUUAAUGUUAAAAAUAAAUUGUUCAAGAACCAAA